AUGGAUAAUCGCCCCCUUUCGCAAUCCUCGCUCGACCCAGGCCUACUAGCUGGUUUCACGCCUGCCCAGCUUGCACAGCUUCGCCGGGCUCUCGACUCGACUCCGACAGCAUCGUCGCCAGGCCCUCAGGGUCCCACCAUGUCGUCGUCAGCUCCCAACACUGGACAGCCUGAUGCAUCGCCUGCUGCUGCGAGUGCUGCACCUCCGAUCACGCCAUAUCACAGCCAUCGGAGCCACCUGUCGUCGUCGUCGCUGGCCCCACCUGAACCUCCGCAACUCGCAUUUUCGGCUGCCCCUGCCCCCCUGUUUCCUACUUAUGGGUCUCAGCCAGCACCUUCGCUCGGCUUCCCAGGUGUUAUGCAGGCUGCGAUGCCACUUGCUGCCCCCUCGCCGACCCAGCCAUUCGUCGGGUUCAAUGCGACACAAGCACCAGGCACCUCGCAGCGAGUCAACAUCGAGAGGCGAACAUCAGCUGCUCGUAAUGCAGCUGGUCCAAGUCGGCAGCCUCGUGGGGCGAGCUCGGCUCCCCGAGCGACCCGAUCGCGACGCAGCCAGGCUCCGGUCGUCCCCCGGGGCAUACACAAGGAGAUAGGCCCAUGCCUGACUGAAGCUGGUCAAUUGCGGCUCGUCGCUCAUGUAUACCCUCCUUCUCUCGCUCCAGAUGCCGAAUCGAUGGGCUACAAGUUCCCCCUUUUCCAGUUUCGCUACUCCACCAUGCGAGACUACCUCAACUCCUUCGGCCUUGCGCGCACGUAUGAGCGCCCUUUCGAAACAUCCAUCGUCACUUUUGUUGAGGAUAUUAUCGCCGAUCUCAGGGCGUCACCUCUCGGCUACGAUUUCGCCCAGGUACUCAAUUUCUCGCAGCAUCGCCACGAACAGCUCGAGCUUCAGCUUCUGUCGCUGCAUAACAAGGGUACUCCCACCCAAGAUGGACAGGCAUGGCUCCAUCGCUACCCUGUUGCACCAGACAUGACCAUCGCCACCCUCGCGUCGUCUAUGUUUGUCUUGUACUUCUGUAAGCCUCGUCUCUGUAUCCGGGAUGGUGCACUUCAUGUCUACUUCGUCGUUGCCAAUGCCCCAGUCUCGCUUCGCCUUCCCUCUGCCCUCCCCGAUAGCCCGCCUCUUCCGCAUACCUGCAUUUCGGACGGAUUCUAUAAUGGGCUGCCACGCGAUGGGACGCCUGGAUCGGGGCAUGCUCGCGAUAGCAAUGUGCUCUGUGAUUCGACGUGCCUAGCCAGAGACUCGGAGCUUACUAGUAGUAGCGACACCGAUGACGAGGUUGAAGAAGCCCUUGGCCUAGUUGGCCCUACUAGUCCUGGGUUGGAGUCGCUCAGCCUCGACGAUGGACCUGCUGGUCCAACUGCUCCUGCGGCAGUGUCCAAUGCUCCGAGCCACCCCCGACAACGAGUAUCGGCGCGGCUGCGCAGAGCUGGGCAGGCACAACUAUCAUCGAUCCCUGCUCUGCAGCGAACACAGACUAUACCAUGUUUCGUGCUGGACUUGAUCCCUCCUCGACUGGGAUGGUCGACUCCAUAUCGUCCGGCGUCUGGGUCCUACCACCCUGCUGUACGAUGCGAGGCUCUAGCAGAGCUCAGGAAUGCAGUUUUUGAGGCUGCAUCUGAUGGCCAGAGGCCUUCUUGUCGCCUCCGAAUCGACGGUUCUGACGUGCCGCAUAUGGCAGUCAUCUUCAAGGACAUGCUUGGCCAGGCUGCAGUCAACGGCGACUUCACCCACAUCCUUGCCAUGAAUCGAUCGUUCCGCGCCAUACAGCACCACGAAGUUGGCGACCUGCCUCUUGUUGCGUCGUUCGGCGAUGGGCUUGAACGGCAGACAAUGAUGGUACUGCUCGCAGAAUUCUCUCGCUGCUUACCAUCGUACUUCAUGACGAGGCUUGGCGAGAACUCCAACGUCCUUGCUUGCCCUCCGCGAGCCUUGAGUCCUGCACAGAAGGAAGAGCUUGGGGCCCUCGGUGCCAUCGUCGGCCUCUGCUUGGCGAUCACGCGCGAGGUCACACAGGCCUUCCAUCCUCGUCUCGCAGCGGAGAUCAUCCAGCUCGACAGCAUUGGGACGACUGGCGAUCUCACACCAUUUGAAGAAGACUUUGUCAUUUACCUUGGGAAGCAUACUGCAUUAUACACGAUUCGUGACGAAGAAACCCAUGCUGCUUUUGCCCCAAUGCUCCUGUACAAGGCUCUGCUAGGCGACGACACUGUUGCAGAGCAUACCGAUACUCGUGCUUUCCGCGCAGGCUUCGAGUUGCCGUGUCACAACGGGUUCACGUUGUCGAAGGCUGCUCAAGCAUUCGCCGGUGGACCAGCUGCACUCGUGAUGGCGGCCUCACACAGUCCCUCUUCCCUGAAGACGAUAGCCUUCGACGAUGGGCGUGCCAGUCUAGGGGAUGUGGUCAGGGGCUUCCUCCAGCGCACAGGCAUUCCCUGCGCUGCGUCGUUCGAGAGGAAGCGAGCUGCCGGGACGUUCACCUCUGACCUCGUUUCACUUGAAGAGAUCGACUCUCCGAGCUUCCGCCCUCGCAUGCUCGCCAUCGCUGCCACUGGCUCCGACUCGAUUAUCACUUUCGUCGGCAAUAGUGACGAGGCGUAUGCCUGCCCUGUCGCGAGCCGCGCAUUCUGCGAAAAGGAAGGCAUCGUCAGCUGGCAGACAUGCUUCAAGGAGGGUGUCGUUCCGACUGCCUACCUCGCACAGCUCGUCCACGAGAGGCGCGAGCUCGAACUCGCUCUGCUGGCCGCCGCGGGGAGGAGACCAAAGACUGCAACCGAGUCCUCCUUUGACGACCCUGCAGAUGCGACCACCCGGGCCUACCCCAACGCGAACAUCGAUGCAGGAUCGCCGCCAGAAGAGCUGCGGCUGAGCAUCAGCCAGUACCUCCAGAACCGCAAGCGCACCGCGGAGGUUGAGCCGGGUGCGCGCCGUUGCUGCCUGGCCGCGGCCUUCAGGAGGCGCCUCAGUGCGCGCGUUGCGGCCCCCGGUAACCUCGCGAGCGGGGCGCAGCCCGGCUCUGCCCGCGCGGGACCAGCCGCAGGAACUGGGCGGCGGAAGCCUGCACCAUUGCGGCGUUGCAGCAGCCAGGAAGCCUCUGGAUGA